GACGUCAUAAAGGACAUUUAAAACAAGCAGUACCCAAUGUACCUACUUGCUGUAGAUUGCUUUAUUCAUCAUCAGCAUUUACUUGCAAAAAAAUUGCAAAAAAUUUAGGAACCUCUGGUCUAAGCUAAACAUUCAAAUGACACCUACAACUAAUGUGACAAUUGUAUCCAUUUGUAUAUCUGUUAUGUUUUUUACUUACAGGUAUAUAUCUGAGAUUAGCAAAACCAGAAAGAGCAUACUUAUACCACUCUUACUUUGUUGUGCUACAUUCUGCAUCGUUCAAGGGUAUCCAGGAGAAGAUUUCCGCUACAUCGACAGAGACUUAGCAAGUCCGGGUGCUCACCAAUUGGCUAGCUGGCUGGCCAGUCAAUUGCGGCCGAAAGAAAUAAUUCCCGUCGAAGUGCCCAUUAUUCCCUAUCGAUUGCCCCUACAAGGAAAACGAAAUUCCGAAGUCACCAAUGCCAUGAUCGGAUCCGAAGAAACCCAAAAAAUGUACAGGGAAGGACGUUGAGCCAUUAACAAACAUGUUGAUCGCGAAUUUAUAUGAUUGAGAUUAAGAUUCCUUUGUUAAUAUUAUUCUAAAUAAAUAUUGUAUGUAAUAGUUGUCUGGUUUUUCUUCAUUACAGUG